GAGCAGAAGGGAGGCAAAUCUUUUCUGAAACUUGGAUUUGUCGAUAUUAAUCUUUCUGAAUUUGCUGGGAGCGGUGUGGAAGGUAUGACACGUUCCUAUCUAUUAGACGGCUACGGGUUACAUCAACGGCAGGAUAAUUCGAAAGUUCAAAUCAAGAUCACAAUGACACAUCAAAGCGCUGACCCAUUCUUUAGAGUGCCUUUUAUCGGUGGAGUUGAUACCAUUGAAGACAGUUCAUUGAAUCCAUAUCUAAAAGCAUCAGAUGUAGAAGAGGAAGAGGAAGAAGACGUAGCCGGCUCGUUUGUAAAAUUGCGAGCACAACCAAAUGCUGACGCUCCCG